CGCACUUUCUGAAUCUUCCCGAUCGAUUAUGGCGCGUUUCCUUUCCUUUGCCCUUUGCUUUAUUCCUUGAUUGACUCGCACUCCUAGCAAUGCUUUUCGCGCUGCGGUUCGUCAUUGACCGUCAGUAUAUUCGGCCCCUUCCGUUCGCUCUCUCUCCUCCUCCGAAUUGAAUUUAGAAUUUCAUCUGCCGGGAUUGAGGUUCUUCAGUUUCUCCGGUGAGUUUUCGUUUCCGGAGGUUUUUCACGUUAAUUACGUUUACGACACUCCGCUUCUGUGGACUCUGACUGUCUCUUGUCUGAGAAUUUCCGUGCUUGAUUGGAUUUUCGACCGAGUUUUUCUUUUAAGGCAAUGUGAAUGGGUUUGUUUCGGGUAUGGUGCGUUAUAGUUAGCGGCGACUUUUUCUAUUUACGUUGACUUCCUUCGGGCACUGCGCUAUGCCUGACUGUGUCCGGAAGAUCCCUAAGAUAUCUUGGUUUAUGUCUGCAGAUCGCCGCCUCAGCGUGCUUCUUCUGGUGAAUCGAAAUCGAGGUGAGUCGCCGAGGAGUGAGAACUCUGUCUGACUACUUCAUUACUCGGAACGCGCUCAUCAUGAAUUGACCUGGAAAGUUGGAGAAAUUCACUAGGAGUAUUGGAAGCUUGUUAAUCCACUUCAAAUAGGAAGGCACUCCGGACAUUGACAACGGCGUGAUCGUCUUCUGUUUUGUCAUCUGGAGUUAUGUUCGGAAGGAAAGCCAUGGGAAGGGCAUCCCCAGUCUUACUCUUUCUUUUGGCUCUACUGUUUUCCUUUGCUACAUACAACAUCCUAACUAUGAUACGGCACAACAGAGCAAUUAAAAAUUUGGUGGGCGCUAAUACAAAUGGUGUGCUAGUAUCAGAUCCAAUUGUUGAGAUGCCUGAGAAUGUGAAGAAACCAAAACAUGCAAAGUCGCCUUUCCACGUCGCCCUUACAGCAACAGACGCUCCUUACAGCAAAUGGCAGUGUCGCAUUAUGUAUUACUGGUAUAAGCAGAAAAAGGACUUACCAGGUUCAGAGAUGGGAGGAUUUACUCGGAUUUUGCAUUCUGGAAGUCCCGAUAACUUGAUGGGCGAGAUUCCUACGAUGGUGGUGGAUCCUCUUCCAGCAGGCCUGGAUAAGGGAUACGUCGUCUUAAACAGACCAUGGGCUUUUGUGCAAUGGCUGGAGAAGGCGACAAUUGAGGAAGAAUAUAUACUUAUGGCAGAGCCUGACCAUAUAUUUGUUAGACCCUUACCUAAUCUGGCUCAUGAAAGAUUUCCUGCUGCCUUCCCCUUCUUCUACAUCAAGCCGGAGCAAAAUGAGAAAAUUGUGAGGAAGUUUUAUCCUGAGGAGCAUGGACCUGUGACAAAUAUUGAUCCAAUUGGAAAUUCACCUGUUAUUAUUAGGAAAGAUUUACUGGGGAAGAUCGCUCCCACAUGGAUGAAUGUCUCUCUAAAAAUGAAGCAGGAUCCUGAAACUGAUAAAGUAUUUGGAUGGGUGCUAGAAAUGUAUGCUUACGCGGUGGCAUCAGCUUUGCAUGGCGUGCAGCACAUUCUACGUAAAGACUUCAUGUUGCAGCCUCCAUGGGAUCUGGAAACUGAAAAGAAGUUCAUCAUCCAUUACACUUAUGGGUGUGACUACAACUUAAAGGGUGAGCUAACGUAUGGGAAGAUAGGCGAGUGGCGAUUUGAUAAGAGAUCACAUCUUCGAGGACCUCCACCAAGAAACCUCUCUAUGCCUCCACCUGGAGUUCCUGAAAGUGUGGUCACUCUUGUCAAGAUGGUGAACGAAGCUACGGCUAAUAUUCCAAAUUGGGAUACAUCUUAAGUACUGAGUUAGGUUCUGAUGCGAGCUUAAGUCCUUAACACUCCUUUUGGUAACACUUGGACAUUUUGAUCCUAAUUGAAGCGUCUGGAAAGGAUUUUACACACAGUGACUGUUAACUAACCCUCCUUCCCCAAAAAGAAUUGCAUAGUCCAGAGCAGAGCUUGUCCAUUAUGUAUGGACUUGUUUAAAUACACAAUACAAGGCGAUCACAACAUUUAGUUGACCGAGUUUUGCAAAUCUUCUUAGUAUACACAGACGUUCGCUCUCUGAA